AUGACCGCUACGUUGGACCACCCUCACAUCGUGACAUUUAUUGGCGUUGCGUGGGAGUCGCUCUCUGACCUCUGUGUCGUCCUGGAGCUCAUGGAAGGCAGCGAUCUCAGAUCGCUUCUUUACAAAUACCAAGCUUCUAAGCGCCCGGUGGGAUUCGACAAGCAGAAGAUCUCGAUUGCGCUCAAUGUUUGCCAGGCGUUGACGUAUCUCCACUCGCUUUUUCCUCCCAUUAUCCACCGAGAUCUCAAGUCGAGAAAUGUUCUGCUGGAUGGCGACAUGAAGGCGAAGCUAUCGGACUUUGGAAUCUUCCGCGAGCGUCUUGAUCGCACUAUGACUGCUUGUGUGGGCACAUCACUCUGGAUGGCCCCAGAGGUGAUGCUCGGAGAGAGAUACGACGUCAAGGCCGACAUGUUUUCGUUCGGUGUCGUCUUGUCGGAGUUAAUUAAAAUAGCAUUAGGAACAGUACAGGUUGAUUUUUCGGAUUCUAGUCCGCGAUCCAUUGUGGAACUUGGACGUGCAUGCAUGAGAAUCGAUCCAACUGCGCGACCGAGCGCCGCUGAGGCGAUGUACAUGCUUCAAGUUAUCAUAGCCCGCAUGGAAUAG